AUGACCUCUAUAAAUCCCAAGAGGGUCAAUGGGACUCUAAUCAAACACAGUACAAAUACCCAACCACAACUGCAAAUAGAGAGAGAAACAAUAUUUCUUGUUAAGUCAAGCACUCCAUUUGUAUCAGCAUUAAAGAGAAUCACUAAAAUUUUAAAUAAGUUUAAUAAAUUAUCUCGAACUAAUAAAAGGUUUCAAAAUGGAGACUAUAAAAAGGUUAAAUACAUAACAAUUAAGGGGAUGGGUCGGGCCAUGGAAAAAACCCUUUCCUUGGGGUUAAAAUUCCAAGAGGAGUUGCAAUACAAAACAGAGAUCUUGACAAAAAGUAUAGAAGUCUUAGAUGAGUACAAGAUGAAUAAAGAUGAGAACGGAAAUUCAGAAUCAGAGUCUGAUGAUGAAGAUAAAGAGACAUUGUUUCAAAAAAGAAUGGUUAGUUGUAUAGAGGUAAGGGUAUGGAUCAAACGAGAAUAA